AUGGCUCCCUCAAACCCAUACGACAUAGACGCCUGGACAAACCCAUACACUCCACGUCCUCCCUUUCGCCACCUGCCCGCCCCUGUCGCUCGCUUUUUCGGCUACCGCAGCCCAUCCAGCUCCCCUCAGCAACCGCACACCCUCGUCGUCUGGGCUUGCUCCUUUCUUGGCGCGUUCCUCGGUGUCUCCCUUCUCGAAGGUGUAUACCUGAAUCUGCCAGCACUCUCCGGCCAUACGGUACCCACCAUCAUCGCCUCUUUCGGCGCCAGCGCCAUCCUCUCGUACAACACCAUCGAAACUCCGCUCGCCCAACCGCGCAAUCUGGUCUUUGGCCACUUUCUCAGUGCCCUCAUUGGUACCUGCAUCACCAAGCUGUUUCAUCUACUGCCCUACGCCGAGUUCAACAAGCUGCGCUGGCUGGCCGGUAGCCUGAGUGUCGGAGUCGCAAGCGUUGUUAUGGGCAUGACCAAGACCGUCCAUCCCCCAGCCGGUGCCACCGCAUUACUGUGCGCCACCACUGUCGAGAUUACCGAGCUGGGUUGGUGGUUCUUGCCGCUGGUGCUGCUUGGGUGCAUGUUGAUGCUCACGAGUGCGUUGAUCAUCAACAACGUUGCCCGCAGAUAUCCGGUCUACUGGUGGACGCCGGCCGACUUGGACAAGGCAAAAGCGGACAGGAAGGCUGGAGAUGUUGAGACGGCGAGCCAGGCGAAAAAGGAGGAGGAGGAGAAGACCAAGAAGCAAGAGGACGAAAAAUUAAGGAGCCUCAGCCAGACCGACAGCGACUCCGCCACCCGCAGCGAAACAAGUGGCCGAACACCAGGGGAGAACUUGCUGCUGAGCAGAAAGCACCAGAUCAUGAUCGAGGGAGAUCGAAUCGUCGUGCCGGAUUGGAUGCAUACCGACGAAUGGGAGCUGUCCAUUCUGGAGACGCUCAGGCAAAGAGUCAGGAACGGCCCGCCCGAUACCGCCACGACCAGGCAAGAGCCGUGA